ACAAAACAACAACAAAACACCAACCCUGUAUAUCGCUAACCAAAGAUAACCCAAAAUAACCUCAGAGGGAAAGUUAAGUCUUAAUAAGGUAACGAAGGGCACAGCGAGGUGACCUGACCUUGCCUGACCGUGCGUUGGGUCACUUGGUGCUCGACGUUGCUGGAGGCAGGACGCAGAAGCAAGGUGAGGGAAGGUGGAGCUUGGAGGAAGACGCUUACAUUCAUACCUCAAAACAUUAAUUAAGACUGAAGCUACAGGAGUCAAAAUUAGGUCAGCUUCCCUUCGCUUUUCUUCUGUUUUUGCACUUUAUAUCUUUCCUCCAUUUUUUGUUUACCUUUCCACCUCUUCGUCUGACCACAAUCUUGCUCAAACUUCCUUUUCUUCUUCUUUCCUUCACUUCUCCUUCUUCAAACCUUUGCACUUUAUAUCUUUCCUCCAUCUCUUGUUUACGUUUCCACUUCUUCAUCUGACCACAAUCUUGCUCAAACUUCCUUUUCUUCUUCUUUCCUUCACUUCUCCUUCUCCAAACCUUUCCUUCGCCACCAGUUCGCCAGGCCAUGCUGAGAUAUCCCUUGAAACUUAACCUGUCAGUAACGUUUCCGUAAGUUUUCUUGUGUAUGUAUUCCCGUCCUCUCUUCUGUCAUUUACUUUUCAGGUUUUCUUCGUUUUCCUUAUGUUGCUUCUGUUUUAGCACCUUGUACUUUUCCUCCAUCUCUCGUUUGCCUCUCCACCUCCUCACCUGACCGAAUUCUUCCUCUCACUUCUUCUUUUCCUACUUCUUUUCCUUCGUCAGCAGUUCGUCAGUCCACGUCACGAUGUCUCUGGACGCUCAGCCGGUCAACUGGGGGAUGAGCUUUGCAAUCCCCGUCAACCUGGCCAAGAUAGGCACGGGUUACCUCUCCGAAAACCCCGUGGCCGGCGUCCUGCUCUCCCUCCUCGCCUUCUUAGUCUUCGUCGCCGUCCUCGCUGUGCCCAUCUCGGCUCUCUUCGGCGUGGAGCUCUUCCCUGGCCUUCUCCCUCACUCACGAUCAUUACACAGCACCUUCAACUUGUCCGAGGCCCUGGAAGCCUUGACGGAGUCCCAGACGGUGCAGGACUUCAUGGCCACGCCGCUGGAGGACUUCGUGAGGCGAGUGGUCGGGGCGAGCGACGGAGGGACGGGGCGCGGCUUUGAGACGGUAGGGGACGCGUUGGGACGGGCCGCCGCUGCCGCUAAGCCCGCCCUUGGCCUUCUCGACUACGACAACGCCUUCGAAGCCGUGCAGGUAAGAACAUAAGAACGUAAGGAGUCUUCAAGAGGCCAGUUGGCCAAUACAAGGCAGCUGCUGUUAUACUAAUCCCACCUUAUCUCACUAUCACCCACAACAUGACUGUCAAGCCUGUUCCAUUCAUCCACCACUCUAUUUGUGAGCCAAUUCUUGCCUAUGUCUUUGCUGAAUCUGAAUUUGUCUAACUUAAGAC